AUGAUUUUUUGUCGUAUUUCAGGUGGUACGGCUGGUUAUUUGUUUGCGGCUGAUCGCGCUACGACCGAAUUUGAGAACAGAGAACUUGGGUAUGCCGAUGAAGAAAUGCUGAGUGCUAUUGAACGAAGCCGAUCCAUUCCGGACGAGAACCUUUCCAAGACGGAUAAGGCACUGCGAUAUCUCAAUGACAACCGAUGGAGUGUUAUUGGUGGUUCUUGGGCGUUGUCGAUGGUGGGCGCAUUGGGAUACAGUUUCUCCAACAAGUAUCUGAGCAAGCAGCAAAAGCUCGUCCAAGCUCGUAUGUAUGCUCAAGCUGUCACCAUUGCUGUGUUGAUGGCUUCGGCUGGUUUAUCCAUGUACGUCGGAGACGACGAGAAGAAGACCCGAGAAUUGCCAGAUGCCCAAUUGCGUGCGGUCUUGGAAAUGCCGGACACCCCGCAAAAUCAUUUACACCAGCAAGAACCCAAAAAGGUGCAUCAAUAG